AUGCUUUUCUCUCGCUCGAUUUCCCGGCGCGGGCUCGCUCGUUUCCCGGGCGUGCGUCGCAACCCUCCACGACGCACCAUGAUCCCCGCCCCGGGUCCGAAUACGGGGCCACUGAUGGAGCGACGGGCAGAUCGCGAACUGCCGUCAAUUGACAACAGCCGGCGCUGGCUGCGAAGCCUCCCGAUCUUUGUGGUGGUUGUCGGGGCUGCAAUGCUGGGUAUCUUCAACUAUCAAAAGUCGACCUCGAGCGUGGUCAGCAGCACGCUGUACGCACUGCGGACGUCGCCGCGGGCUCGUGAGAUUCUCGGCGACGAAAUUUAUUUCGCGCAACAGAUUCCAUGGAUCAGCGGUGAGAUGAACCAGCUCCAUGGUCGCAUCGACAUUACCUUCUGGGUGAAAGGCACCAAGAGCCAGGGCAAGAUGAGGUUUAGAAGCAUCCGACCGGACCGUAUGAGCUUCUUCCGCACCGAGGAAUGGAGUCUACAGACCGAGGAUGGAACAGUGGUGCAGCUGCUCGACAAAGACAGCGAUCCUUUCCGGCAAGAGUGA